AUGAAUAAUACAAAUACCAAUAUUAAUAAGAAUAUUGAUAACUUCACAUCUUUAAAACAGAGAGUCUCUGGUUAUAAACCUUCACUUAGAUCCUUAAGGACUCAAAUCAGUAAAGAAAUUGAAAGUCCAACUGAGGAUUUAUAUUAUUUAUUUAUUGAAUCAACUGCUGUUGUUCUUUUCACCACGAAAAUCGGAUUAUCCAUAUUAAAUGAAUUAUAUAACAUUAAUUUGGGCAAAUAUGAUAAAUUAAUCAAUACAUAUGACGAAAAAUUGAAGCUAGCAUUAAGUUAUAUGCAUUCAAAUUGGUCACUAUUAACAUUACUAAAAUUCUAUAGAUUUUGUCUAUUCAAUGACUUAUCGUUUUUAGAUAUACGCAAUUAUAAUGAUCCAUUAUACAAGAACAACCUUUUGAAUCAAUUAUACGAUGGUUCAAAUUGGCAAGAUUCAUUGACUUUAACAUCUUUAGCAUGUAACACUGACUUUAAUAUACUCAUCGACUUAUUACGGUUUUUCACAGCUGAUAUUGAAAAUUGCUUGACCGAGAUGACUAUACACUAUGUAACCGAUCCUAAAUGGUAUAUUACAGGUAAAAUACCAACUUCUACAAAAUACCAAUAUUUAGGCGGGUUUAUUGUCACACAAUAUGAUAGAGCUCAUACAACAUAUGAUUUCUUCCUUAAUAUUGAUUUGAACACAAAUUCAGAGGACUUUAGUGAAAAAAAUUUUCUUUCGAAAAAUGAACUAGUCAAACUUUACUUAAAACCAAUUACGAAAUCGGAUUUCUGGGAUGUUUUAUUUAUCUCUGUGCGAUCUACCGAUACUGCAAUAGAAUAUUUCCAUGAGUUAUCAAAAUAUGAUGAAAAUAGAGAAUAUUUAAUCAAAUUGCAAAGGGCUUCAAAUCAACAACAAUACAUUGAUAAUAAUAAACCUCAUAUAAACGCAAAUAUUGGUAUCACCAAUAUCUCAUCAGUAGAUAAAAAUUCCAAUUCUAUGGUUGAUAUCAAUUGGCAUUCUGAAUUAAGGUAUGGUAUCCUUUCAUUAAUGUUAAAUUUAAAAUCAUUUAAUGAUUUUUUAUGCACUUCUUUACAAUUCGAAAUGUUAUGUACCUUGGUAGACCCACUCACUCAGCCCUUACCAAACGACAAAUAUAUUAUAUCAAUUGAUUUAUUGGCUAAUUUGUUUCUUUCUUCAUGCUACAAUGAUUUAAAAUCAGGAAGGAUACGAUAUCAAGGGUACGAAACUAGAUUUCACAUCGGCUUAAAUAUGGAAAGAAUAAUCCUAAACUCAAUGGAAAGAUUAAACUGUGAAGACUAUAAUCAUUUACAAAGCCUUGGAGUUGAUAACUUUGAUAACAAAAAUAUUGAACAUUGGUGGAAUCUAAUGUAUUCAUGGUUACCACACGGAUUGAAUACACAAGAUUUAGAACUUUUAUACAUGGUCAACAUAAUGGCCGUAUACGUGAUAUAUAAAUUGUUUAGUGAUAAACCAGUUCAGUUGAACCCGUUUUUAUCAACUUUAAUUUCGGUCUGGAAAAAAUUGUCAUGUAUCAUACUCUUCAGUUUAGAUAUAGAUAGGAUGUUAGAACAAGAUAAUGUGAGGGAAACUCCGUUACUUGUUAGAGCGACAAUACGAGGCGCAUCUGCCUUGAGAGCCGUUAUUGCCACAGUAUUAAAUAAUUAUAUGGAAUAUAUGGAACACGACUUUAAACAUGAACCAAUAAACACAUUUAUGUCUCCACAUGGACGGAAAUUAUGUCAAGGUGCCUUGUAUACAGAUAUAAGAUCAUAUGCAGCUGCAAUGUUAGCUCUUGGCGUAGAUUUAAAAAAUGUGACAGAAUUAUUUUCAGACUUACAGGCAGGUGAUAGAUUUGAUGAGGAUAUUAGAUACAUGUUUGAAUAUGAAUAUGAGGAUUACAAUAUAGUGGACGAUGAACCACAAAUUAAUGGUGUCUCGGUUACAAAAAGAAUUAAUGAUAACAAGAGGACUAAUAGUAAAAAUAACGAAGAUAAUAUUCUAGAGAAUGAGAAUAUUGGAAAACUGUUUCAACAAAGAAGAUGUGAUUGCAUCUUCGAUGAUGACAAAAUACAUGGUGCACAAAUGAUAACAAGCAAAAAUAAUACAGUUAUUGAAGAAAAUAAUACUGUAAUGACCACAAAUAAUCAAGAAAAUGUCAAUUCAAAUAAUCCGAUUGCUGGUAGAUCUAAAGCAUUCUUUGAAUUUGAUUACAGUGGUAAAGAUUGGCGAGAUGUCCCAAGAGGACUAAAUCUUUAUUAUGCUUCAACUUACCAGUUUAUUGUUAGUCCAAAAUUGGAAGAUGUUAGUAAAUUGAUUGUUAAAGCUUCAACGACCACUCUAGCUUAUGAUGAAGCAAUCUUAUUGUUACGAUUAGUGUCAUCUUGUGUCAAAGAAGAACAGGAGUCAAUGAUUUUUAGUCAUUUAAACGAAAUUUCAAACUAUAAUAAAAGGCAACAAGACGGAAACAAAGCUAAAAUAGUAACACCUGAGGAUAUCUACGAACUUUUAUGUGAUAAUUCUACUUUUGGAGAGAUUUUAUAUAUUAAUCAUGAAUUGGGGUGGAGAUUAAUGGAUGAAAUGUUAAUGUGUAAUGGAUAUCGUCGAGUAUUGAUUUGGUUUCUGACUCAUAUGGAAAUAAAUCAUACGUUAAUUCAUUAUAUCUUUGAGUUGGUAAUGGGUCUUCGAGGACAAGAUUUUGAAUCAAAUGCUACAUUAGAAGAUAUGAAGAAACUUUUAUUACACGAUAUACUAGUAAGCCAGAAUCACAAGACUGAAUCAUCUUCAGUGAAUAGUGGAAACAAAGACAAGUUUCCAUUUUCCAGACAAGGGCCACUAAUUUUGUCAGAUAUUGAAACAAGUAUGUUAUUACAAGAAUUUUUCACUAAUGCAGCGAUAUACUUAUCAAAUAAGAAUAAUUUAAAUAGUAAUCCAGCACAGUAUGAUGUGAAUGAUAAUAUGGGUGUUGGUGAAUCAAGUGAGGAGGGAUCAGAAUAUGUAUCUUUGUAUGCAAUUGGAUUAGUUAAGCUAAUAUGUUUCAUGGUUCGAACAUUAAUGGAGAAUGGAAAGUUUGAUUUUGUGAAAAUGGAGUGUUCUUUUGAAUUACAAACGUUAUUAAUGAAUUGGAUUGGAUUAAUUCCUGAAGCACAAGAGUUAUUUUUUAUGAUGAAAUCUAAUAUUGCAGAUAAAGAUAUUGCUACUGAUCACAGAAAUAAUAGUAUUAUAGGAAUCGACAGUGACUUUAGUGAAAGUAAAAUUAAUACGGAUGAUAGAUCUCGGCGCUAUAUUAUAACUAGUGAAGAAAUAGAAAGUGGUAAUUUAUUCAAAGAUGAUGACGAUGAUUCAGUAUCACAAGUUUCAAGUAAUAGUGAAAAUAAGCAUAGUAAUAGAGAGGAUGAUGAUAUAGAUGAAUACUCGAAGAAAUUACUUAAACUAUUACCACAUACUGUUAAUAAGGAUCAAGAUAAUAAUAAAGAAAACCAUGCAUUUUCAACAUUAAGAUCGUAUAUGAGAAGACAUUCUUUUGUGCAAGGAGUACCAGUUACUGGUAGAAAAGUUGUUCAUAGAGGCACAAAAAUCCUCCCUAUGAAACAAAAUGAAAGACCUAUAAGUAUACGAGAAUAUAUGGAAAACUAUGAUUAUUUUACACAACAUGAAUGGUAA